AUGGACACUAUAUCAAAAAAGAGUAAUAAAGAAAAUACCAAGCCAGCUACUGGAGCAAGAAAUCAUGUCAGUUCAGUGGUCAACAAGCAGAAAGUGGUGGGCAAGACUGGAGCUUUACGAGCCAAAAAUGAUCUUAAGGAAAAGAAUUUGGGUGGAACAGAGGACACAAUACCAGUAAAGGGCGAGUUGACGGCUGUGAGACCUGCAAGCAAACCAAGUGCAGUAGAUCUUAAAAAGCGUCAUACGCUAAGCCAGCAGUUCCGCUCACAGCAGUCAGUGAGACACCAAAAACUAGUGAUGGAGGUUGUUAAGCCAACUUCUGCCGUGCCCCCUAAAACCCUCCCUGGCACCUACAAGGGAAGAGUUGUGCAGUCAAAAGUGGACUGUUUCAGGAAACCCGGUGACGGUGAGAAGGAGGUGCAAAAGAAAGCCGCUGUUAAACCAAAUGUACCUAAACCUCCAUCUCAAAAGCUGGGGACUCUGUCAAAAAUGAGGUCUAAGUCUGUAACUUCAGUGUCUGGGCCAGCUCAACACAAACCCUACCCAAGACCCAAGGCCGCCUCAGACGCUCAACUCCACAUCCCGGACAAAUCGGUUCAGAAACCAAUAACUCAAAGGCUGAGAGGUCCCAAAGUUCCAGCCACCACCCGCCCAGCCGCUGCUCUACGCUCCGCUCCCCCAUCCUCCAGGCCAGCUCCGGCACCCAUGCCACGCCCAGUCUCCAGCAAGUCCACCACUGUGGUGAAGGGGAAGGAACCACUGCUAAGUACCAAAUCUAAAGCCCCGGUGGCCGCAAGUGAGAGGAGAGUUCAAAAACCGGUCACAAGUACCCUUAGCCAAUAUAGGGUCUCCAUGGAGACAGCUGAGGAGAGAAGAGCAAAGCUUGCAGAAUGGUUGGCAACCAAGGGGAGGACAUUGAAGAGACCACCAAUUGCAGUUACAUUGGCUCCCCAAACACGUCAGCCAGAAGUACAGCCUAAAAUUCACCCUGAACCCAAAUGUCUGCAGCCUCAACCUCCAGUAGAGUCUGAAGCCGAAAAUCCAAACCCCCAGACAAAAGCAGACAUUCAGACAGAAAAUGCCCAGGUCCCUGAGCAUGAACCAGCUCACAGCCCAAGCCAUAUAAUGAAUACAACACUAGACCUGAUGGACAACUCUGAUUUGGAUCUUCCAGUUGAUCCUGAAGUCAGGAUGGAAGGGUUGGUACGUAACCUAUGUGAUGCUUUGGAGGCCAUGGAGACUCCAUCUGCUUGCAGAAGUGACCCUGAGACAAGUGAAGACGAUGGGAAUGUGGUUCUAGAAGAUUCAUUUCAUAUGCCUGUUAAGAUGGAAGAGCAAGUGAAAGAGGAGGAAACGACAAAAGAGUUUGAGAUAUUGACCGAAGAAGAGUUAGAAGGAAAGAGUGACUCAGAAAGCGAUGCUUCAGACGACAGAGAUGUUGCCAUUAAAAGUGAAGAUGAGAGCUUGAAGAAGGAAGAUCAAAAGUCAGAUGAAAAUGAACCCGAGAGCGAUGAAGAUGAGCUGAACAUCACACCUCCAGAAACAGAGGGAGCAUCAAUGGUGAAAUACAGUAUAAAGACAACUCCUUUUCUACAAAGCGUGAAGAAGAGGAUCGAGGACGAGGUUGCUCCAGCAAGCGGCUCAAGGCGCAAGAGUGCAAUCAAGGACCUGAAAUUCCUGACUCCCGUGAGACGAUCCUGCCGAAUCCAGCGCAAGUCCUCACGUCUGCCAGGAAUGCUGAAUGACCACGACCCUUGCGUGUCCUCUCUGGCUGAACUGGUCCAUCUGGAUGAUUCUGCCAAUGCCUAUAUCUACAGAAAGAACCCUGCUCUUCUGGAUGAGCUCCCUGACCAUGCAGGAGCAUUAGAGAGGUUAUGA